UCGCAUGUUUACCAGAGAAUGUGCGAUCAACUCAAAGAGCUGGAUGUUGUUCUCACAACAGAUGAGCUGCGCACUCGAAUCAAUAAUUUAACAAAAAGAUACAGGAUUGAAGUAAACCAGAUGGGAAAAUCUGGUGGAUCUCCUUCGACAUGGAAUUAUUUCAACAUUCUUCAUGAAUUUUUAUCAAAUUUUAAACAAAACCGUGUUGUCGAGCUAAUGGAAGAGAGUUGUGAUUCAUCAAUCGAAAUUGAGUUUCUGGAAGAGGACAUGGACCUCGUUCAGGCAUCGCAAUCGUCAUCGUCGUCAUAUUCAGCAGAUCCGGCAACGGAGCAAUCUACUUCUAAGCGUCCACGAUUCGCUGGUUCUGGUGCAGUGACUGCUAAAAGAAACGUACAACAAAAAAUGUUUGAGCUAGCAGAAAAAGAUUCGGACCGAUUUGCUCAAUUCAUGAAGGAAUCGAGGGAAGUUGACAAAGAGGUGGUAGAACUGCUGCGAGAAAACAACCGAUUGAUGGAGAAGUUGAUUGAUAAAAUAUAAUAUUGUAAGCUAAAGAAGAAUCUUGUUGCUGUUGUCAUUAGCAAAACCUAGUAUAUAAACUAGUUUCUGAGAGCUAAAUGUAAACAAAUUCAUAAAUUUUUAUGUGCAUUCAACAUACUCUCAAAAGUACCCACAGCAUCAAUAUUCUUCUAUAGUCGAGCAC